CACAUGAUUAUCGGAGGUUGCCAUCUUGCCUGAUUUGUUUUUAACAACAUUUAGAUGUAUGAUUUACAGCAAGCUCCGUGGACUUUUCUAUAAAGGGAAGCCUCCGCAGCAGGAUUUCCUUUCACGUCAAGCAGCUUGGAAGAGUAAACCAACUGGACGGUGGUCAGGAAAUACUGAGCAUCAGUCUUUCUUCACCACAUCUAAAUGAAAGCACGAGCAGCCGUCAGAAAUCCACAACAGGUGGAUAUGACACAUAAACCAGGACAAAUUGUCUGCAAGCAAGGGACCCAAAGGCCAUGUUAUAAAAUUAUCUACUUCCAUGACACAUCAAGAAGGUUGUCCUUCCAGGAAGCACACGAUGAAUGUAAACGGGAUGGUGGUCACCUUAUGACUAUAAAGUCUGAAGCAGAGCAGAAAUUUAUCCAGAAUCUCAUCCAGAGUCUCACAGCUUCUGACGGGGACUUCUGGCUUGGCCUUCGGAGAGUCGAAGAUGAAUCACCAAAUUCCAGUGACUGUCAGAGCCUAUACACAUGGGUUGAUGGCAGUAAACCAACAUUUUGGAACUGGUAUGUGGAUGAACCCUCGUGCGGCAGUGAGGUGUGUGUGGUCAUGUACUACCAGCCAUUUGCUAGCCCUGGUGUUGGUGGCCGAUACAUGUUCCAAUGGAAUGAUGACCGAUGUAACAUGAAGAACAAUUUCAUAUGUAAAUAUUCAGAAGUAGUGAAGUCCACACGUCCCCCAACUCGAAAUGGGUCAUAUACCAGUGUUGAACCCAUUGCUAGCCGACCACCAGAUGUUUCCAUAAAGAAUGUCAAUCAGACAGCCAAAGAAGCUGAUGAGUCCAAUCUACAUUUCAUCCUUAUUGCAACAAUUCCGGUGCUGACACUGCUGCUGAUAUUUAUCGGAGUAUUGUGCUGCUGCAUCAUAGAGAGAAGGAAACAAGAAAGAAGUGAAUCAUCAGCAAAGGAGCCCAGCUUUUGGUUAUCUCCAAAUCGGCGAAACAGCCCAAACCUAGAAAUUUACAAUGUUAUUAAAAGGCAGACUGAUGCAGACCUGGCAGGUACAAGACCAGAUAUCCGGAACACAUCAUUCCGAGGUCCCUCCGGAGAAACGUCACCCCCUGACAACCUUUCGGGCGAUUAUGACAAUAUUGCAGGACGUCAUUCAGAGAGCGGCUUUGUUACUCUAGCCAGCACAGAAAGUGGCUUUGUUACCAAUGAACUCUAUGAGCUGUGCAAUGACAGGUAUGGCAGAAGCACAGAGUCAGGCUGGGUAGAGAACGAAAUAUAUGGUUAUUAAAUAAAACAAGACAAUGGAAUAAGAAAAUGUUAUUUGUAAGAUUGAUUUCCAUACAAACAGAAGUAGGAGGGCUGCCUGUGGAUCUGCAGUUGUCGUGUAGAAUAAAUACAUGACAUGGACUGUACAUUGGAAGAAUAAUGCAGACGCUCAUCAAAAAAACCUGGAAGAAGCAACAAAAUGAAAACAUUGAUAGUUUUGUUUUAUUUUCUGAACAAAUUGCGAAUUUCUACACUGCAUAUUCAGCCUGCAGCUACUCAUUUCACCACAAGAUGGCACUAUAGACAAAGAGAACAAAAAUCCUUUUUUUCCUCCUUAGUGUCAUUUGUUUUGCACGUUUUUUCCCCCAUUCGUAAGCUCAUUCUGGUUUACAAACUACCUCAGGUGAAAUGCCAAGAUAAGGCUUCUUCCCGGCCCCAUUUCAGCUUUUCUGGUUGAUAUGGAAAAGUUGCUGACAACUGUAUGUAUCAUUCUGUAUGAAGAAAAUAUAAAUAUGCAUCUUUAUAAUGUACAGAUCUGAUCCUCUGCAUAUAGUUCUCUUUCUCUACAGCGGUUUUGAGUGAAGAAUGAACGUACCAUGUAGCAGAUACUGUACACUCAUUCUAGCACUGCAUAUCUUCUGUGACACUAAGCAUAUACA